AUGGACAAGCUGCCGGUAGAGAUCCUGACCAAAAUCAUCGACUUUCUCACCCCGCGUGAGAAGGUUCAGCUACAAUUGGUCUCCAAGAAGAUCUUUGACCUAGCCCGCGAUAAUAAUCUCUGGAAACUACACUGCUAUGAGCAGUCAUGGGCUGCUUUGCAGGCUUCCCGUCCCUCUGGCCGGAACUCGGAGAGUCUGCUUACGAAUGAGACCGCGUCCCUGAGCACCUUGGGGCAGAACUCGUUGCGCGAUCUCAUUCAGCCCGCUGUUCCACGACCAGAAGAUGGUGGUGUCGAGGGUCACCGAGGGUUGUCUCUGAGCGCGAGAGCGAGGGCAGCGGUGGAGUGGGAUUCGUCUGCAGAGGGAGAACAUGUGGAUUGGUAUUCGGAAUAUAUUGCUCGCCAUGGACCAUUAUCUUUUUCAUGGGUGCAGCAACCUUUACGUUCAAAGGGCGACGGACGAAGGCGCGAGCCCUACGAGAUCAAGGGCAUGGGGUUGCUGAAAGACUGGAGCUCUGCACGAGAAAAUAAGAUCGUUGCACCGCUCGACGAUGGCAGCGUCUGUAUUUGGGAUUUGAACCAUUCUCACUCCGCCGUUUCACAAUCAGGGAGAGGCAGGAUUCUUGGGACGAGUGAGCCCGGCGUUCUCAUGAGGAAUCUUUCGGGGCGAAGAGAGCGCUCGCCUUCAAAAUCUCCUUUGGAGUUCAUCAACCUCGGUGAGGGUGUCAGUGUAGACUCGUUUCGGCGACGAGCCUACCUUGCCAUCGGGAAUGUCCUCAAUGAGGUUGAUCUAGAGACCCUCCGGGUUAUCUCACAACAGCGCUAUCCUUGGUCCAUCUUCGCGCUUUCUCAAGAGACUGAUUAUUCAGUGCCACUAACGCUAGCCACUACGCUUAGCCUGCAGAUCCAUGACUCUAGAUUGUCGGCUGCGGAAGAAGAGGAGGCAAUCAGCUUGCGAUGCGAGAAGAACUCCGCGCCGUUGGUUCCAGAGCUGGACAUCUUUCCACACUACGACUCGCCGCAGCUCCAACUACAACCGAACGGUCUGCCUCCACGUCGAAUCCGCAGCCCGGGUCCUGAGCAAGAAAACUAUGCGCCGCUCUUCCAGCCCGGCCCUCUUUCUAUAUUGCAUCCCCCCGCCCCUCAUGUAAACACCAUUUUGCUGGCUGGGAGAUUCCCCAGCAUUCUCUGCUAUGACCGCCGCUUCUUCCCUCGCCUGCAAAGCACAGUUCAUUCCGGCGGCCGCCUAUGCGGUCUUGCCUCUGCUCCUGGGCCCCGCUUUCCCGUUUUCUCAGACUCCGUCUACCCAGAAUCGCACGCCGUAGUGGCUUGCGGCGAGUACAACGGCAGAGGCUCCCUUGAACUUUACAAUCUUCAAUCCUCAUCCAAAGAUAGCGGUAACCGCAACCCAUCCGCGAGAUCAUCACAAUUGACCCCGGCGUAUAAGAAUCGACAAAGUGCGGCUAGCUCCAAGCUCCUGUCUGUGGCAUCCCACGGCAAUCGCCUCGUCUACUCCGACUCCGAGGGGAAUAUCAAAUGGGUGGAGCGAAACGGCAGAGCAGAGGUACGCCGGUGGAAUCUCAAUAUUUCGCAGCCACACGAUCCAUCACAACCGCGCGGUCUGUGGCCAAGUUCUGGACCGCAGAACCAGAGCAACGAGGUGGCGCGAAAAAUCCUCCCUACUGAAGGAAACCUUUCUGGUGACGAGUUGCUCGUUUGGACAGGAGAGCGCAUUGGGCGCAUCAGAUUCUCCGUUCCUGCAGAUCAGGAUAUUGGCAAUGAGGAUGAGGAAGAUGACUUGUUCAUGCAUGCAGAAGUCGACGAGGCGACUCGGGAAGCUAUGCGAAAGAAGCAUCGCGACGAGUGGGAGAAGGAGACGAGAUAUGAGGAAGCCAUGCGACAAGCACUGGAGAGACAAGCGGACGAGGUGCGAUGGAUGGGAACGGACGGGAUGAGCUGA